AUGGGAACGACCCUCCUGGGGAUCGACACCAAGGAGCACUGCUUCGAAGCCCAGUUCCAUCCCAAGCGCCCUUUGCUGGCUUGUGCUUGCAUCACUGGCGAGGUGGAGCUUCAUCACUUCGAUCGGGAGAACCGGACCCACGAGCUGGCUCAAAGCAUCACCAGCCACUCGAAGUCGUGCCGAGCAGCCAAGUUCCUGACAGACUCCAUCCUAGCCUCCACUGGGGCGGACAAGUUUGCCGCCUUAAGCGACCUGGAAACGGGCAAACAGGUGUGGCGUUGUAAGUUGAAAGCGGCGGGCUAUUCCCUCUUGGCCUUGGACACCGAGCGUUUCGCCAUAGGCGACGACGAUGGCGGCCUGCGCAUCUUCGAGGGCCGGGCGCCGAAGGCGGCCGUGAGCUGGUCGGAGAACACCGACUUCAUUUCGGACCUGGCCAUGGGGGUGGAUGGCACCAGCUUGUGCGCGGUGAGCGGCGAUGGCACCUUGGCCGUCUACGACGUCCGGAAGAGCGGGGAAAAGGGUCUCAUUGCGAUGUCGGACUUCCAGGACGAUGAGCUGCUCUCAGUCGCAAUCCUGCGACGUGGCACGAAGGUGAUCUGUGGCACGCAGACAGGCGUCCUGCCAAUCUUCAGCUGGGGGGAUUUCGGUGAUCAGAAGGAUCGCAUCAAUGGCCAUUCCAUGUCAGUGGACGCCAUGGUGAAGUUGGCGGAAGACAGCAUCAUCACGGGCUCUUCCGACGGCAAGCUCCGGGUGGUUGCGGUUCACAGUAAGAGCCUUCACAGCCAGAUUUUGGGAAUCCUUGGUGAGAUGAGCGCCGAAUAUCCCAUCGAGCGCCUCUCCCUCUCGCCGGACGCCAGCACCCUGGCGUGCAGCUCCCAUGGGCGGCCCUCCGUGCAGCUCUGGUCCACCGAGGCAGCCAGGCGCUUGAUGGAGGGCGAGAGCUGGGAAUCCAUCUUCGAGGUGCCGGACGAGGGAGCCGAGGGAGAGGGAGCGAAGGCGGACCCAACAGCUGCUGAGUCCGAUGAUGACAGCAGUGAGGAGGAGCAGCCGAAGAAGAAGAGACGAAAAGAGAAGAAGAAGGGGAAGAAGAACGUCCCAGGCUCCAAUGCGAAGCAACAUCAGGCAGCCAAGUUCUUUGCUGGCUUAUAA